AUGGAGCAGCAGCGGGGCUUCUGUAGCUUCACCCCGGGCGAGUCUGCACGUUGCGGGGCUGGGGUCUCCACCAUGCGUUUGUCCAUCACCUCGACCACCGGCAGUCCGGUGGAGCUCACUGUCCCCCGAGGAGAGACUGUGGAGGGACUGAGGACACAUAUCUCCCACAAACUCCGGCUGCAAAAAAACAGAAUCGCCCUCCUGUACAGAGACAAGCAGCUGACUGCAGGCAAACUGUUGGACCUGGGUGUAGCAGAUGGAAGCAAACUGACCCUGGUCCCUGCCAUUGAAGCUGGUUUAGUGUGCCCCACUGCCAGAGCUGAGAGAACUAUGAUGGACGUCUUGGAAAGUUUAACAGAAGACCAGAUCAGUGACUUCCUGUCUGGGCGCUUGCCUCUGACCAUUAAACUGGGAAUUGGCGCCCACGUGAUGUAUGUGCAGCUCCAACUGACUGCACAGAACGUGGCGGAGCUACAGCAGCACCGGGACAUAAGAGCUGGGAGCAGCAGCGAGCUUCAAACCGGCCUGCCCGCUGCCGCCAGGAUGAGCCAUCCUGACUCCUCCACCAACGCCACAGGGUCCACCACCUUACCUGCUUCUCAAAGUUCUGCUGUAGCCCAGGACUCUCCUGACUCUACACCCUCGAUCCAAAUGAGCACUCAGAGACCCAGAACUUCGCACUCACUCACCACUGCCCCUCCACGUCAGUCCUGUCCUCCACGCUCUACGCUCACAUCUUCUCCUCUUCUUUCAACCCCUUCUUUGCCUUCUGGUUGUCCGCAUCCCAGCUGUCCACUACCAGCAGCCACACCAAUCUGUUCACCUGCUCCCUCCAGCUCCAUUCCAGGACCCCAGAGCCCAGCGCUAGCCUCAACCUUCAAAGAGAGUAAUGCUCAUGCAUCAUCCACUGCAGAGCCAUGCAAGCCGCCAGGAGCAGUCAUAGAAAGUUUAGUGAGCCACUCUCCAGGCGUCUUCUCAGGGACCUUUUCUGGCACUCUGGCCCCUUGCAGUCCGAGCAACGUCAGCCAUCCUCCACGUGGCAUCGCCAUCAUUCUCCAGAUCCUCAACGACCUCCUCAGGGCUGCCUUCCACCACCAGGGGGCUCAACCUGCCCCUCCUCAUCUCCCCUGUCCUGAUGCGAACACCCCAGCCAGCCCCCCCCUCACAGCCGAGGAGCAAAGCAAAGCAAAAAGCAAAACACUGGCGACCCAGAAGACCGAGCACCUUAGCAAAACUCCAGGUGAGGAGAGUCAUCCCAUCUGCUCAUCCACACAGGAAAUUCAAACACUGCACUGUAAGCUGGAGCGCCUGCAGUUUUUGAUGCAUCAGAGGCGUCUUCGCAGGCGGACUCGCAGGAUCUCACAAACGUCUCACCCAUAUCAGCAUCGUCCCUAGUCUCUUGGACAGAAAAGAUCCACUCACUGUGAUAGCAAUGGCAGCUUGGAAGCCACCAUGGAAACCAAAGCUGACCUCUGAACUUGUGGAACAGGUGAAAGAGCAUCAGGGUUUGUUGCUAUGGUAUAUAGUUUUAGUAUAGUAUAUAGUUUUGUUGCUUUGUUGCUAUUUUUAAACUAUGAGCGUUUUUGAAGAAUGUAAGCCCAAAAAGUCCAUGGAGUCUUAUUCCUGUGGCUGUCACUGUGCUGAGCAUGUUAUUUCAUCAGAGUCUGUCCUUUAGUGACAAUGGCUCUCAUUGUUAUGUAGCAUAUGCCACAAAAGGUACACUAUACAUUUUCAUCUUGGUGUUUUGUACAAAGACCUCUAACUGUAUGUUUGUUUAUGUAUUCCAAUGCCUUAAAUGUACAUGUCUUGAAUGUAAACUGUAUGUUUUGUUCUGUGCAGGGGAUGUUCCUCUAAAAUGUUUUACUUAUGCAAUAUUAAAAUGUAAACACAAGGAAGGAAAGAAAAAAAGAAUAAAUGAAAAAAUGUAAAACCUGGA